CCCAAACCAAUAUUCAACAUCCUAGGUUCAUAGUGUUUGGAAUGUUAAGACCAAAAUUUUCUGGACUCCUAUAAAGAUUCUAACUAAAAGAGUCUAGUAGUUAAAGAUGUCAGUGAGAGCUAGGAGGAUUGUUUCUGGUAGUGGUAGGUCAGAUACUGUAGCAGCUAAUUAUGCAUUCGAUCCGUUAAAUGAUGACAAAAUUAUAAGAAAUAGGCUUCUCACACGCACCACCACCACCAGAGGUGAACCUCCAUUGAAGAAGCUUCAGAAGAAGUUCACUUCUUUUGUUAUCGAACUAGACAAAGAAGAAGAUAACUACAGUGACUGUGGUAGGCUCGCUAAAGCUUUCUUGCAAGAACUUUCCGCUUUUGAGAUUCCGCUUCUUAAGAGCCAAGCAGUUGUUGCUGCCAAUCUUAGGGAGAAAGAGAACUUUAACGAGCUUAAAGAUGAGACAAAUAGGCAGAUAAUGCAGGCACAGUCUGAUAUAGAAGAUCUUAAGAAACAGCUUGAAGAGAGUAAGAUAGAGAGACAACAUAAAGAGGAGUGUGAAGCCAUUAGAAAACUUAUCUCUGCGCAGCCACCAAGGUCAGAGACACAGAAGGUUAUACAUGAAUUGAAGAAGGAGAUUGCAGAACUCGAGGCCGAGAAUACAGCAAGUUGGAGACUUCUUGAGCUAAGGAAGAAGCAGUUUGCAUUGUUGUUGCAUGUGGUGGAUGAGUUGCAGGAGACAAUGGAGGAUGAACAGAAGAAUAUGGUGGAAGAAAUGCAGAGGAACAUUACUGCUGAUGGCGCUGAAGCCAUGUCUAUCGAUUAGCUCCUAAUCUUAGCUACUUUGUCUUCUCUUGAAUGCUAAAGAAACCUUUCAUUGAUAAGAAGAAUCUGUUUCAUAAAUUUCUAGUUUCUGG